AAGCCCUGACAAACAGUACCUUGUGCAGCAUCACUGACUUGUCACUUGUAUCUCUUCCUGCUCCUCCAACCAGAGACACACUACCAUCUGCACCCUUCGUCCCCUGCGGUUCUAACGCUGCAUUAGUUGAUCUACAGCUUGGCCAUCCACCUCGUGCACCAUGUCCUGCGCGUUUGUUGUCAUGACAAUGCUUCUGGGCUCUUCAAUGGUGAUUGCAUUUGUCUUGCAGUCAUCUAAGGAGGAACCUGCAGCCUCUGCAAACUCUCCUGUUUCCCAUCACAGGUGCCAGGGUGAGUCGUUGCAGUCCAUCAGGAAGAGCCUCCUCAGAGCCCUCAACCUGCAGAUUGAACCACGGCUCCCCAACGCUGGGUUGGACCACGUCAGAGAGCAAUGGAGGACCACUUUCAGCAAUAUGGCUCACAGAGAAAGGGAUGCUGCAGCUCCAGCUGUUUCUGGCAGCUCUGAUUGUGGAAACAGCACAAGCAUGAGGUGCUGUUCCAUGGCCUCUGAGGUCUACAUGAAAGAUCUUGGAUGGGACAGCUGGGUGAUCCUCCCUGUCAGCGUUACCAUUGUCCGAUGUGCACUCUGCAGCCCUGAAGGGCACAUUGUGCAGUGCCCAUCACCCCUCUCUGGUGUCCAGGAUGCAGACUCACAGGUCCAGGCGCCAUACUGCCAGCCAACCUCAGAGGAAAAAGUGCACGUCAUUUACGUGGAUGAAUCCGGCACUGUGGUCCUCUCCUCCAUGCAGCUAACCAGCAGCUGCGGCUGUGGGCGCGCCGACCUCCUGCAGCCCAGCGGAGAGUAAAGUUUGAUUUAUAGUCCUUAGUAUGUGACACCCUGCAGACUCAAACAACAUCAUAUGUGAGCCUAUUGUUCUCUCCAGUAGAUGCUGAUUUUGUCAUUGGCUAUUUCUCUUUAUGCAAGGUGUUAUCUUAGAUCCUUUCUGUGUGGGUUCAACACUGAGCAUGGGAACUAAAUCAGAUUUUUGUAAGAACUUAGUUUUGCAUUCCUGUCUCUCUGUUUAGCUGGAAAGAAUGAUUGAAAGAACCAGAACAGGAACCUUCUUAAAUUAGUCUUAAAAUUGUACUUGUAUGACAUUAUUCAUCUUAUUUAUGAACAAUUAACCUGAGUGUAUAAUCUUAAUUUUUGUGCUGUUGUAGUCCAUAGUAAAUCACCAAAAAAAUUAAGCUUUUAAGGACUUUUCAAAACAAUAAACAAGAAAAAAUUCUGUGAAAAAGUUUAUUUCUUUUUCACCAAGAGACUGAUAUGAUGUGAAGCAGACACUAGUCUGAUUUUGGUGCCAGUUUAUUUCUAAAUAAAUCUCAUGAGUACAGAGUGCUAUUUAAAGCUACUUAAUGUUACGGAGCGUUCCCUUCAAAAAUGUGAGACUGUUCAGAGCCAAAUCCUCUCACAGGCCAGUUAAUAAACCAUCGCUUGCUCUUAUGGAUGAAACUGUCAGACCAAGGUCAAAGAAAAGAUAUUUUUGUUAAUUUUACUACCGAAUUAUGACUUUGUCCAAAGGAAUAAGUGUAGAUUGUUUCCAGAAGAUAAACUGUCUGACCCUUAAAUGUAAUAUUCUCUGAGUAUUUCUGUGCUUUCCCAUACACAUCCACUUGCCAUGCUCCAUUUUUAACCGUUUCUAUGGCAGAGAGCUAAAAGAAAUAACACUAGUGUGCAACUGCAAAACAUUUACCUUUAAUAUGCUGCAUAUAACAUAUUUUUUGUUAUAGAAGAGAUCAUCCUUUAACACUUUAAAGAACAUCACUUUAAAAUAAGUUGUGAUUUAGGACAUAAAUCAAGAAAAAUAAAUUAUCAAUUUCCUUUGACAUACAGCACAUUUGAGUGCUAAUGGGACCUUAUUUUAACCUUUUCACUACAACUAACUGAAAAGAUUUGUAUUUUUAUUUUAUGAGAAUUUCAGUAUCUCUUUGAAAUUUCUUCUUUUAGAUUAAGCAGUGUCACAUAAGAAGUGAUGUUGAUUGAAUAUUGUCACUGCAGUGAUUUGUUUGUAGGCAGGAGGGUGAGUGCCAGAGAUAAACACAACAGUUACAAUAUCCAAUACAACAACUUGAAGAACCCGAAAACACUAAUUAUUUUUUAACUUCACCAACGUAGUCUGAAAUCAGAGCAGGCAACCCAAACAUUGCAUGGCACUCUUGGUACUCCAUAACAAUUGGUAUCACAGAACAGGAGGUCAAUUACCCCUAGUUUAAGGCAGUACAGAAAAAACAAAAUGAAACUAAAAUGGUCUUAAAUGCAAAACAGGUUAAGUUUAAAACGUGAAGAGGGGGGUAACUUAACAACUUAAAACCUUAUAUCAUUUUACAGCCCUGAUUCAAAGAGAUACAACUUAUCCUGAAAGCAGUGAAAUUAGAGUCUUUUGUGUGAUUUUUGCUGAAAAGAAAAACACAGUCAGUUGUAAAUGUAGACCAUAUUAGAAAUAUUUUAGAAUUCCUGUCUGAGGUGUAGUCAUACAUAUUGUGAAAGUUGCUCUUCUCUUAUAUCAUCACUGAUGAAUGUUGCUUGUCCAAUCAGAUUACUUUGCCAAAACUAACUGUUGUAUAAUCACUCAUAUUGAAGAAUGUGUUUUAUUUUUACACAUUUUUUGUUCGACUUUAAAUAGAAUGUGUUUCUUUGAUUGCGGUUCUCAGUUACAUUUUUAAAGUACAAUAGCAUAUAUUUGAGUUUAUUUUUCUUUCUUUUGUUUUGAUUCUAAAAUAGUCUAUUUGCAAAGUUACCUCACUCUUCUCUUUUUUAGCUGUAUCCCACAGACACACUCUGGCGCUUAAUAUAUAACCUCAUUUAUAUAUUUACAUCAAUGCAUAAUGUUUUAUCCGGGUUAUGAGCCUGCUGUAAUCCGUUUUAUCCUUUGUACUCAUUUACUGAUUUUUUGCUUAGAAAAAUUCUUCAAUAAAAAUGACUCAAGUCAA